AAAAGGAAUCACAUCGUAUAAUGAACCUAUCAAAAGUUCCAGCAAUAUCGAUUCCGAUGCUCGGAACGAGACGAUCAACGCUUCAUAGAAUGAUCGGAAAAACUCUCGCUUCUUCAAUCCGACGGAGACUCUUCUCCUCUUCUUCUUCUUCCACUACUGAAACGCCGUCCCUUUAUUCCUUUCUCCGACCUUCUCUCUUUUCCGACAAACCAACCUCCAUUACUCCGCCGCCAUCGCCGCCUCAAAACCCCAAAACCCUAACCCUAGAACAGAAAUCCUCCCUCGAAUCCGCUCUCCUCAAUUCACUCACCGCCCUUCAUACAGAUGAAGCCUGGAAGGCCUUUCGAUCUCUCACCGCCGCCUCUACCCUCCCCGACAAGCAUCUUACGAACUCCCUCAUCACCCAUCUGUCCUCCCUCCAUGGCGAUGGCGGCGGCGGUGAAAAAAAUGCCCACAACCUCAAGCGGGCUUUUGCUUCCGCUGCUUACGUCAUGGAGAAAAACCCGAUUUUUCUGGAGUUCGAGACCGUCAUUUCGCUUCUGGGUUCCAUGAAAUCGGCCAACGCAGCUGCUCCGGCGUUGGCUUUGGUCAAGUGCAUGUUCAAGAACAGGUACUUUGUUCCUUUUGAUCUCUGGGGGCAUGUUAUAAUCGAUAUCUGCCGGAAAAAUGGUGGCUUGGCGGCGUUUCUCAGGGUCUUUAGGGAAAGUUGCAGAAUUGCUGUCGAUGAGAAGCUGGAUUUCAUGAAACCGGAUUUGGCGGCGUGUAAUGCUGCCCUAGAAUCGUGCUGCAGGCAGUUGGAGUCAGUGAGUGAUGCUGAGAGCGUGGUCGAAACUAUGGCCGUUUUGGGUGUGAAGCCCGAUGAAUCAAGUUUUGGGUUUCUUGCUUAUUUGUUUGCACUGAAGGGGCGCCCGGAGAAGAUAAACGAAUUGGAGAAUUUGAUGGAUGGUUUUGGUUUUAAAAGCAAAAAGAUCCUUUAUUGCAACAUGGUCAGUGGGUAUGUUAAGGCGGGUGAUUUAGCUACUGUCUCAAAUGUUAUCCUGCAUUGUCUGAAAGAAGAAGGAGAAGACUCGAUCUUUGGGGAAGAUACUUAUUGUGAAGUGGUGAAAGGGUUUAUGGAGAAUAAAAGCAUAAAGAACUUAGCAACUCUGAUAAUUGAAGCCCAGAAGUUGGAAUCUUCAACUGUAGCUGUUGAUAAAUCAGUUGGAUUUGGAAUCAUAAAUGCUUGUGUCAAUCUUGGAUUUUCGGAUAAAGCACACAGUAUUCUCGACGAGAUGAAUGCUCGGGGAGGGUCAGUGGGGCUUGGGGUUUAUGUCCCGAUCUUGAAAGCCUACUGCAAAGAGUACAGAACGGCUGAAGCUACUCAACUCGUAGCUGAGAUUACCGGCUCGGGACUUCAAUUAGAUGUAGAGACUUAUGAAGCUUUGAUCGAGGCAUCCAUGACAAACCAGGAUUUCCUAUCCGCGUUUACGUUGUUCAGGGAUAUGCGAGAAGCAAGAGGUCCCGAUCUGAAAGGUAGCUACUUGACAAUAAUGACGGGUCUCCUCGAGAAUCAGAGACCAGAGUUAAUGGCAGCGUUCUUGGAUGAAGUUGUGGGAGACCCUCGGGUAGAGGUGAAGUCCCAUGACUGGAAUUCAAUCAUUCACGCGUUCUGCAAAUCCGGGCGGUUAGAAGAUGCGAGGAGGACAUUCAGGAGGAUGGUUUUCUUACAGUUUGAGCCGAAUAACCAGACAUACUUGUCACUGAUCAAUGGGUAUGUCAGUGGGGAGAAGUACUUCAAUGUCCUGCUGUUGUGGAAUGAGAUGAAAGGGAAGAUAUCAUCAUCAGGAGGAGGAGAAGGAGAAGGAGAGAAGAAGAAGACAAAGCUGGACCAUGCACUGGUGGAUGGUUUCUUGUAUGCAUUGGUGAAAGGAGGAUUCUUUGAUGCAGCCAUGAAAGUUGUGGAGAAAUCUCAGGAGAUGAAGAUAUUUGUGGAUAAGUGGAGAUACAAGCAGGCUUUCAUGGAGAAUCACAAGAAGAUUAGUGUGUCGAAGCUGAGGAAGAGAAACUUGAAGAAAAUGGAAGCGCUCAUUGCCUUCAAGAACUGGGCUGGCCUCAGUUCGUGAAGCUUUCAGGACACAUGCCAAUAGGCUUCUCUUUCUGUAAUGAUAAUAUUCGCUUUUACCUAUUUAUUUAUUUAUUAAAAACCAAACGACACCGUUUUGAAGUCAGCAGAAAUUACUAUUUCCACUCUCUCUU